AUGGUGUCUAUGCGUGGCGACUCGAAGUCCUCGAGGAUCUCAAAUAAAAAGAACACCAAGACAGGAAUGACCUCGGUGGCUUCCUCACCAAGCAUCUCGUCGGUGACUACCAAGAAGGAAACAAUCCCGACUGGAGACGCUGUCACGACUAUCACGACCACAAUCACAACGGUGCGUACCGGCACGUCGAAUGCGAAGAGUGAUAAAGGUUUAGACACAGCGAAUCCUAGCGGCGCUACCGGUUUGACCAGCUCGGUCACGGGUAAAAGACCUAGCAACGUCUCCACUACGACUAUUACGACAACACAUAAUGAAAACGGUCUCUCACCGGUGACUACAGUCACAGUCGACAAUGGUGUGAACAGCACAAGUCUCAUGACGAGUAAGGGAGACGGUCUAGUAGGUGCCACGACCACAAGGACAGAUUCCGAGCGAAACGGGUCUGGUGGUAGCUCCACAAUUGUGACAAAUGCCGGAAGAAUAUCUGCUGUUCCGUCCCAAGAAACGUCGAGUGGGGCGACUGCUUUGGCGUCAAGCAGUACAGCCUCAACAUCCUCGUCAGCCAAAGAAACAAACGAAGAACGUUUGGCGGACUUUACAAACACGGAUAGCAACACGACGAAUGGGCAGCCAUCCACCAGAACUACGAUGGUGGCUGAGUCGACUAACAGUCACGACAGUUGGGCAACCACGGCUCCAUCAUCUAGCACUGUCAAUGCUGCAGCGUCCAUUGUCUCGACAAAUGGGUCAAACGGGUCUGUUGCCAGCACUGAAAACGCGAAAACAAGCAGUAGUGCCAUCGAAAGCUUGAACACUUCGACGGCUGGUGCGUCAUCAAAUACGGGCUCUGCUACGCCAUCAUCCAACGAAUCCGUUGCAUCUUCGUUCACGCGUUCAUCUAGUUCUUUGUCAUCGUCCAAUGCACUGAAAAGUUGGUUCACCCGCAAAUUUCGUAAUAAUGAAACGCAGCUUGUCGUAGGCGCUAAUAGCUCCGCUACCACAACGCUGGAUCAGGUGUGCAAUGGUCUUCCGGCGCUAAUAACUCGCUCCAACAUUGAGGCUCCAAAUGGUGGUUGCCCAGACGAGCUUACGGCGCUCAACGCGUCCUGCACAUGCCUUACAGGAUACAAUGCGACUGCAUCGUCUUGGACCUUUCACGUCACUAUUAAGUCGCAGAACUCCGCCAUGAACGCGACGACGCGGGCAUUGACGCAAUCGUCUUCUGACAAGCUGGCGAUCAACACCAUCCGUCCAAUUUGGGUCUCCCCAAGUUUGAAGACGCUACAGAUUGAGGGUACUGAGAAUUUUCCGGCUGAAAUCGCUUUCAUUAAUGAAAACCGUGAGGCCUCAAGUCCGUCGCUGCCUCUUGUGCAGUCGGUGAGCAACUCCACACAGAUCUCCACCCUCUCACUGACGAAACUGGACCUGAGCACUGUGGCGGCGACGAAGUCUGACUUUGUGCCAGUUACAGUGACGAAUUUGACAUUGCGCAAUUGCAACAUUUCGACGCUUGGUAGCAGCUUUACGCGCACGUGGGGCCGUGUCCAGUAUCUCGACCUGUCAUCAAACAAUCUCAAUAAGAAGUUCGUUGGUGGGGCAAGUCUCAAAGAACUCAACUUAUCGUACAACGCGCUUGCAGUUCUCCCCAUGGGAUUCCUGAACUCGACGAAUUUGGAAGUCCUGUACAUUCAAGGGAACGACAUCAAAGACUUUAACGUGAGCCAAGAUCAAUUCAGCCAAAUUCAAGCUCUUACAGCGUUCAAUGCGGACAAACCUCCAUCAUCAUCAACUUGUCAAGAUGGCGAAUGGCAGUCUGCACACGGUGCUACUUUUUGCGUCCUCAGCGCGUCCACAGCAGCAGCCGAUUCGUCUCAGUCAUCGGGAUCAACCAGCGACGGUGACAACAAUGGUCUCGGAUUGCUAUCUUACUGGCUCAUAGCGGGUGCUAUCAUCGUGUUUUUCUUGCUCCUGCUGGUAAUCUGGCAGCGCCGUCGCCACAGUCGCGAGGGUGACAGCAGUCCAAUCUUGUCGCCCGAGGUUAUUGAACCAACAACACCUAAGUGCAACGCAAACCACGCGUUUGGCGACGCACUCAAUCAUGACAACAUCGCUUCAUCCGUCGCUGCUGCUACUGGUUCUGCUAGUAAUAUUGUUCAUGCUAACGCAUACCCCGGAUACGGACGGUCUCACGGUAACAGCAUCGACAGUGAGGACACCACAGCUAUGGGCUUAACGUUAGCUACCAACAAAGCAUUGACGUCGUGCCGACUGGAUUACGACGAGCUGAUACUAGGUCGCUGCGUAAGUCGCGGAGGCUUUGGCCUUGUCUUUGUAGGCAGCUAUCGAGGACGGCAGGUGGCCGUCAAGAAAAUUCAAAAUGAGCGCGAGAUCGGACGCGAGCAAGUGCAGCAAUUCGUGCGCGAAAUCUCCCUCAUUUCUGGCCUAAACCAUCCUCGCAUCGUAGAGUUCAUCGGUGCGUGCUGGACGAUACCGACUGAGCUUUCAGCAGUGACAGAAUUCAUGGAGCGUGGUGAUUUGCGUGAUGUCACUCGACGAUUCAAGCGUCGUGGCUAUCGCCUCUCAUGGGAGUCUCACAAGGCAAAUAUCGCAUUGCACAUUGCCGAAGCUCUAACUUACCUACAUGGAUUGACCCCUACAGUGAUCCAUCGCGAUCUCAAAGCCAAGAACGUGAUGCUGAACGCUGACAUGGAAGCCAAGCUGAGUGACUUUGGCAUUGCGCGUGAACGUAGUUCGUACGACGGUAGUGAGCACAUGACAGUGGGCAUCGGCACGUCAUUCUGGAUUGCACCAGAAGUGUUGCUUGGUCAUGAUUAUGACGAGCGUGCUGACAUAUAUUCGUACGGUGUUGUGCUAUCUGAAAUCGACACGGAUGAUUACCCGUACUGGAAUACACAGCAUCAAGCAGAAGGCAAGGCACAGGAGAACGAGAUUCUCCGUCUCGUGGCUCGUGGUUCCAAGCGUCCUGCAUUCUCGGAUGAUUGUCCACCUGCAAUCUUAGAGCUGGCCACACGCUGUCUCCGUGCUGACCCUGAAGAACGUCCUAGCGCUUUUGAAAUUGUACUCUACUUGCAGCAGCUUGUACGGGAUCGCAACUCAAGCGCAUCGUUUCCGUCGAUAGCUCAAGCUGAUACCGCGUUCGACGGUUCACGCAGCAAUUCACCCGCAAAUACCGUUCCGGCAAAUGCCAUCGUGAACGUCCGCCCCACUGGUGAAGAUACCCAACAAAACCAAGAAAUGGUGUUCCCGCCGGCUGCCGUAGCUAAUGCCCCAGGAAGGCGUUUGAAGACAACAAUGACUACAGCAACGAUGAAGACUGACUCAUUAAGCGUUACAACGAUUUCGCGUCCCGCUGUAGCCCAAGUGAUGAUAGCAUCUUCACGUCAAGUACCAUAUCCAAUUGGUCGCUCAAAGCUUCCUCCAAUUGGCAAGACAACUAGGCGAGAUGGUCAGGGCAAUGCCAGUAGCAUUUUUGAUCACACCACACUCUCAAUAGCAGGAGGCAUCGAGAAUGUAGGAUCGAGUGACAUUUAUGCCUGUGCAAGACCCACGUCACCUAGCAGCAUUCAAGCACGUCAUUUGGCAGAGCGAGACAUUUCAAGACAGCAACAGCUUAGCUCUUCGAGUGGAAAAGAGGCUACAGCCGUCGAGCGCCGGAGGAAAAGGUUGUCGCUGUAUGAGGACGGAAAGGAAACAAAGUAG